UAUAUAAACAAUACAUUCAUUCAUUGAAACCACAGUUUAUUGUUAACGUUGAUUGAUGUCAACAUUAAUACCAAAAAUGUCAAAACUAUUCAUAAUUGUAGGCCUGUUGGUAGCCGUGUGUCAGGGCGAUGAGUCCAACGGUGCCACGACUAGGGGUAUAGACUACUGGUGCUCUCGGGAUGGCUAUCAGCCCUUUCCCACUGACCCCCAUAAGUACUUUCAGUGCGAAUGGAUUCCCGGCACGGGAUGGUACAUCCAUAUGCGACAAUGUCCUCAACAAACCACCUGGGUCCAAUCACACAAAAAAUGCGAACUUUCAAUCGAUUCCCAGUGCGCUAAGGACGGGUAUGUGGCCCACCCAACUGACCCACACGAGUUCUACUUGUGCGAGAAGACAGCCCAGGGAUGGUCUCUCCAUUUGAUGCACUGUCCUCAACAAACCACCUGGGUCCAAUCACGCAAACUAUGUGAGUUGACUCCUCAACCGACCACUCAGUCCCCAAUUGACUACUGGUGCUCUCGGGAUGGCUAUAUGUCAGACCCCACUGACUCCCAUAAGUACUUCCAGUGCGAGUAUAUUCCCGGCCAGGGAUGGUACCUCCAUUUGCAAAAAUGUCCUCAACAAACCACCUGGGUCCAAUCACACAAACUAUGUGAGUUGACUCCUCAACCGACCACUCAGUCCCCAAUUGAUAUUCAAUGCUCUCGGGACGGGUAUGUGCCUAACCCCGAUGAUCCCCAUGAGUUCUUCCAGUGCGAAUGGAUUCCCGGCACGGGAUGGUACCUCCAUUUGCAAAAAUGUCCUCAACAAACCACCUGGGUCCAAUCACACAGGAAAUGUGAGGGACAGUGA